AAAUUGUCCAAAUCUGGCAGCUUUUGGCCAAAUCUGGCCAGGUUGAAAUUUAUUUUUGCUGUUUUGAAAUAGCUUAGCAAAAAUGAGCGAAAAUCUUGUUGCUCCUCCGUUAAGUCGUAUUCCUGGCACCAGCCAGGUCAAGGAGCAACACAGCAAGGAUCUAACGACGCUCACCUACGUGCAGUUGUUGGAGAUGCGGGAUCGACAAGCUCACUUUCUUAGCUUCAAAAAACGCUUGCUGCAGUUGCCCGAUAAAGGAAAACGCCUCCAGGAGUCUUACGAUAAGUUGCUGGAUGAGAUCAGGAAACGCGACGAAGUAGAGCAAGCUACUCGACUUCUCAGUGGACUAAAUAUUGCGGAGAAGGGAAAGGUGGCUCUGAGCAACCUGGAGUGGAAUGGCAGGACAGCAGAUGAAGGCGCUCACGUGGACGACAUCCUGGACAGUGACGACGAGCUGGAGAUGGAUCCGUUAAAGAUCAUUGCCCAGGGCACCAUGCAUGAGAAGAAGGUUAAAGUGAUUCCACCUUCUGCCAGUCUCAUAACAGCUGAAGAUUUGGCAGAGAUUGAGGACUUCAAGAAGCCAACAGAUUCGCCAGAUUCAGCGUUACACGAUCACAGUGACACCAGCUCUCUUCCUGCAGAGAUAAUUGAGGUAGAUGCCAGUAUAGUAGCCGCCAAAUUGGGUAAAGAGGAGCCUCUGGAACAACAUGCCCGCUAUCUAAUCGACAAAACAGAAGUCAAUAUUAACCCAUCCGCCAGAGAGAAGUUUAAACCUUUUCGUACUACUGUCUCAAAUGUUCAUGAUCCCGAUAAGGAGCGCAAACGUAAAAAGGGCAAGUACUGGGAGGUCACGGCAGCCACCCCGCCUCUUAUUCAACACAAAGAGGUUCAGUUGGUGCCCCUCGCGGAAUCGGCUAGUCUGCAGGUGGACUACAUGCAGAGGAUUAAGGAGUUACGCAUUCAGCAGGCUGAGCAGCGCCUGGCCAAGCAAAUAGAAACAAGAAAAGCCUCAGGACUCAGCCUUCCGGAAGAAACGAUACUUAAAACCAAGGAAUCGUUCCGCAACUACCGGAAUCCCAAAACGGAUUUCCUCAUCGAGGGUAGACAAAAAGUCAGCGAGGAGCAUGAAGUCCACGACCCCUCAAUCCUGGAUCGAGGAUCUGCCGCAAGUGGCAUCCAUUACACAGUUUACGAGUAACCUCAAAGCAGAAACUGUGUUAGAAUGUAACUCCGGUUCAUUGUUUCAAACAAAUUGUGAAUUAUUUAUUCGUAUAAGCAACAAUUACUAUUAAGACUGCAUUAAACUAUUA